UUUCUUUCAUCUUCAUCUUUUGUGUGUAAAAAGCAAAGGUAAAAAGAUGUGCCUUUCCGAAUUUGUUUGUUAUUUACAAUGACUAAGGACAAUGCAAGGAAGAGACUAGCACGAAUAAGAUGCGUUUUUGAAUGUGUUGAAUCUUUACGUGAAGGUAAAGAGUUUCCAGACGCUUUGUGUUUUGUACCCAAUGCUGUGGAGUAUAAAUUUCGAAGUGAAAGGUCAACUUCCGUUGUGAUUCGAGACUUACCGACAACUUCUUCUGCCGAAAUUGGAGAAAUACCUUACAAGUUGAGCUCGAAAUUCUCUGCUAGUGGCGAGGAAUAUUGGAGUGACGAGGGUCAUUGGUUAAGACUUCUCCCGGAAAGUUUGUUAAAAUUUAUUGGCGAAAGCACUUACUCUUCUGGAUGGAUUUUAAUUCGACCUCGUGACAACAAGACCAAAAACGUUGUUGACGUUGUACCAGCUCACACUGCAAAAAAAUUUUUUCCUAGUAGGUGGGAAGAUGUAAUUGAUAACUCUUACUCCUUGAAAAUUUCACUUAAUAAGAAAACUUUGCAAAGACAGGCCGAUUUAGAGGCAAUGAAGAAGUUGAAAAUUCCUCCUCCAAACUGGAGCUUGGAAUUGGACGAAGAACUAGGGCGUUUUAUUUGUGAAAAUGUUAACAUUCAAAAAGAGGAAGCAUUAGGCACCCUAAGUCAGUAUGUUGAAUCAAUUGAAGUCUCUUCACAAAGUCAUUAUGUGUCAGCACUGACUGAUGGAGAUGUUGAGACAUAUUGGGAAUCCGAUGGAUCUCAAGGUCAGCAUUGGAUUCGUUUGAAGAUGAAGCCUGGGACAGUUGUCAAGCAAUUAUUUGUUUGGGUUAACAGCCAUGAUGACAACUACAUGCCUAGUCGACUUCAAGUUCAUGGAGGAGAAACGGACAAUAUGAACUUACUAAAUGAAGUCCAUGUGGAAAGUAGUAAAAAUGGUGAUGUUUUAUUGUUAGAAGAUGCAAGCCAACAUUAUCCUAUUCUUCAGAUAUGGAUUAAAGAUUGUAAAGAUGAUGGUAUUGAUACGCGUAUUCAUGGAAUCAAGAUUAUGUCUACAAAUGAGAAAGAGCCAGGUCUUAAUGCAGACAUUUUUAAGAAUUCUUCCAAGAUUACUAAUUAUCCUAAAUUGGAACACGUAAAUUCAGAAAGCCUCUAUAAUAGAGCCAAAAGUUUAUUACGUUUUUUUGCUCUAUUUGAUAGUAUUGUUUCUUUUAUAUUUCCAAUUUGGCAAUUUACAGUUGGAUCAUAUUCUAGUCUUGCUGCAAUAAGGCAAUUGCUGCCAUUGUCAAGUCGUCGAACCUCAUUAAUUGAACAGCUUAUCAUUGAUUCACAGUCAUGCUUGACACUUACAAGUAUUCCUCAGGUUGUUUUAAAUCGUCAUAUUGCAGCGGAGCAUCGGGAAAAUCCUGCUCUUGACCCAAGUGCUAAACAAUCAAUGUUUUUCCAGUUGUAUGAAGCGUUAAGUCCUGAAAAGUGUGGAGUUACGUUAGAUUUUCGAUGGUCAAAUCGGUGUGACCAGUGGUGGGAAUGCAAGUUUAUAUCUGAAGGAAUUAUUGAUCAAGGUGGUGGUUUUCGAGAUUCAUUGUGUGAUCUUGCUGAAGAAUUAUGCCCUAGCUCUCCAGAUUCUUUACUACCAUUGCCAUUUUUUAUUCGUAGUCCAAACCAGCUUUAUGAUUCGUCAAAUGUGUAUCGUGAUGGUUACAUUCCCAACCCUUCUUGUCAAUUAUUUGAACAUUAUAAAUGGCUUGGAAUGUUAAUGGGUGGUCACCUGCGUGGUAGAGAAAAUUUUCUUUUAUCUUUUCCAAAAUAUGUAUGGAAAAAAAUACUUAGUGAAAAAGUUUCUUGGUUAGAAGAUUUUGUUACUGUUGAUGCAGCUCUGGUAAAGUUGGUUCAGUCAAUCAAAGAAAUGGAUAAGGAGAAAUUUUCCGAAAAGUUUGCUGAUGUACUCACUUAUACAGCUGUAUUAAGUGAUGGUAAAAUUGUUCCAUUAGUUUGUAAUGGGGAGGAAAAAGUAGUGAGGUUUGAAGAUCGAAUUGAAUAUGCUGAGUUGCUAGAAGUUGCAAGAAUGUGUGAGUGUGAUGAGCAAAUAAAUGCCAUUCGUCAUGGAUUGACAAAAGUUGUCCCGGUUGCCUUGCUGGACUUACUGACUUGGCAAGAACUAGAAUUGAAAGUAUGUGGCAAUCCAAAGGUGGAUGUUAGAGAUCUUCGCAAGACAACUCACUUUGAAGAUGUUCUUCAAUCAGAUGAUCGAGUGAAAUAUUUUUGGAAAGCUAUGGAGAAUUUUAGCAAUGAAGACAGAAGUCGUUUUCUUAGAUUUGUCACUGGAAGACGCAGAUUACCUGCUCAUAUGACAUUGUGUGCUGCUAAGUCAACAACGCCCAUUGACUCUUUGCCUGAAGCUGCCACAUGCUCAAGCACUUUGUUCUUGCCUAGUUACUCUUCAUAUCUAGUAGCAGAAGAAAAAUUACGUUAUGCAGCUUACAAUUGUGUAUCUAUUGAUACUGAUGGGUCAUGGGAUGAAUUAUGAAAAUUCAAUGAACACACAUUGCUUUAUGCCUAGGUCUUUGUCGUGCAUUUACAGAGCAAAAAAGAAAUUACAUCUUAAAUACAAUCUAUUGCUUCCUACAAAAACCAGGCAUUGUUGAUGUUGAGUGUCAUUGGUGUUUAUGCCUAUUUAUAGGAAGUAAAGUUUUUAUUUACCCCGAAAUUUUUUUAUCAAUUAAACAAUUUAAAAAAUAUGUCAUAUGAUUUUCAUUGAAAUACAAUGACUAAAAAUAUAUCACUAACUAAAA